GCCGAUGAACAAACCAGCCACGCUACGCUGACAUUGACUAGACACGCCACGUCGUCCCCUGCGUCUCCACGCCUUCUACCUGCCCUGCGCCGGUCCUCGAGCUCAGCUCGCCACGCAAAAGCUCCUCCCCGUUGACAACGCCAGCAUCCACGAAGAGCGAUGAGCACCCGUGACCCGGCUUCGUCCGGCGCCCCGCACGGCCUGUUCGGGUCGAGCGGCGUCGGCGGGUUCGGCUACGGGCUCGCCGUCUCCGUCGGCAUCCUCCUCGUCGUCUCCACCAUCGCCUUCGCCGUCUACCUCUGCUGCGCCCGCGCCUCGUCCAUGCCGGUGGCCGACGCCCGCGGGAUUCCGGCGCCGGCGCCGCCCCGCCGCGGCAACGGCGACGUGGAGCUCGGCGGCAUCGACGCGGCGACGCUGGAGGCGUACCCGGCGGUUGUCUACAGGGAGGCGAGGAAGCCGGCGUCAGAGGAGCAGCAGGCGGCGUGCUGCGCCGUGUGCCUGGAGAGGUACGCGGACAGCGACGUGGUCCGGGUGCUGCCGGACUGCGGCCACCUGUUCCACCGCGGGUGCGUCGACCCGUGGCUCCGGCAGCGGCCCACGUGCCCGGUGUGCCGGACGUCGCCUCUGCCCAGCCCCGUGCCGACGCCGCUCGCCGAGGUGACGCCGCUGGCGCUGGCGAGGUAAGGCCGGCGUGAGGCGAUCGAGCGCCUGGUGUCUGUCCGCGCACGUGGCGUUCUUCAAAUUUUCUUGGCUUGCUCUCUGUUUUCUUCCCAUCUACAUUAAUUUAUUUUUAUACGGCUAGCUAGAUGCCAUAUGUAAUUAAUUAGAAGGUGACACAGUAAGUUUUAUAGCUUAGAUGUUAGUGAAGGCUGUUUUUGCUGAUGUAAAUUCGUGUACGAGGUUAGUUUAGUCAGCAAAUCGGUGAUACUGUCGAAGAAGAAGACAGAUUUGAUCAGCCAUAUUUUUAAGAUUCAGUAAAUUACGGACUAAAGGGACAUUGGAAGACAUAGA